AUGGCAGAAGUCAGCGCAUGCAAGUUCAGACACGAGUCUAAGCCCACGUCAAAAGUACCUCAACGCAAACCAUGCCAAUUCUUCGGGACAUCGAAGGGUUGCUUCAAAGGGCGGCAGUGCCAAUACUCGCACGAAAGUGUGGCAGGUAGCGGUGUCGGAACACAUGCAACGCAGUCUACCGCUAGGUCCCAACCACUGACAGAAGUCGAAAACGGCUAUCGAGAGUGGACAUUCCUUAUACCGAGGCAGAAUAUGCGGUACCAAGUUGUGGAGAUUGGAAAAUUCUUCAAGAUGGGCUGGGACCUUACCAGCAAAGGGCAUACAGAGACUGGGCAACAGAUUAUCAAGAAGCUAGCGACUGAGGAGGGUUUGGCCAUGGUCAAGGUCCUUACAGAUGAGCAAGCCGAUGGGGCCACGCUAGAAAUGAGGCUGCGUAUCUUUAAGGACAAAACGCUCCCCUUUUUCCAAACCAUUUCUUACCCGGACGUCCUGUCGUCCCUAAUUUUAGAGACACCACUCGAUACCAUUUUUACUUUCCUUUUCGGCCCAAAUGGUCGUCGCGCUAUCAAUCUGUUCAACUUUACCACUUCCGCUCUUGGUGGCCUUACGUCGGACGGAACAGCCAAAGACGAAGAGCUGGCAUCGAUCGCGGUAACAGCUAGCUUAGCAGUACUGGAGAGAGUUGUUGAGUUAAACCAAAGCGCCCAGGUCACCACCGAACUCACGUCGAUUGCGAACGACUUUUCAGCCACAAUUCCAGAACAAUUCCUCGAGGCCGGAAGCCGAAGCUUAGCCCGUGUUCGCCAACGACUUGGUAUUGGAGCAGCAAUGCCUCUGUCAGAGGGCCGUGCCAUAGAACAAAGGAGCUACCGACCGGUCUUCGAAUUAGGUCAAGACCUUCCUGGCGCGCUAUCUAAAUUAGGUCCACGACAUGAUAACGAUCAUGCAAAUAUCUCCGACAUCAAGAUCCUGCCGAGUACCGAAGAAAUUCAGUCCCCACGAUUGGAGUACCUACCGUCGAGCGAUCCCACGAAGCAUCAUCUCCCAGGCCUAGCGGGCUUACUCGAUCGACAAUUUAGACUUCUACGUGAAGAUACAGUUGGUCAACUCCGAGACGCGGUUCAGAUAGAAUGUAAGCGGCUGAACAAGCCCCUCAACGCCCAAACGCCAUCGCACGGACAGAAAGAUGGCGCUCGGAGCAUUCUCUAUCACAAAGUUGCUCUGCUUCGACUGGAAUUUGAUCGGAAGAAAGGGCUCCAGGUUGUGGCUGAAUUUGACCAACCUACCGCACUUGCGAAGAAAGGAGCUAAAGAGCGAGAAGAGUGGUGGAGGAACACAAAACAGCUACAGUUCGAUGCUUUUGUAUGCUUUGUCUCUUCCACGGGUCGUGCUAUCUUCUUCUCUGUUUGCGAUCCUGCUCCGACACCUCCGCCAGCAACAAAAGAUGGUGAGGAAGAACGUGAAGGUCGAUCAAAUGGAUAUCGCAGAGCUCCGGAUGAGCGACCGAAUCUGUUCCGGGAUGUGAAACGAGCGACGGUGGUGCUUAGCCCGGUGGAGGAUAAUGCGGAAGAUAUCACUUGGAUCAUCAGUAACCUCGGAAAGGCUCACAAGCUACGACACUCACUUGUCGAGUUUCCAGGAGUUCUGCUACCGUCCUUCCAACCAACACUGCAAGCUCUUCAAAAAAUGAGCCGUACCCUCGAUCUUCCUUUCUCUCAACUCAUAGCUCCAGAUAUACAACAUACAGGGGAUCUUGACAUACCUGCCCCUGCGUACUCGCGCAGGCCUGGCUUCACCUUCAAUCUAGAGACAUUGACUGGAGGAGAGCGGCUGAGACUUGCACCUGGACAGCCCUUCGAUCUUACCGCACUUCGUGAGAAAUCCACACUCGACGAUGCACAGCAGCUGUCUGUCAUAGACGCUUUGGGAAGAUGCCUCGCGCUAAUCCAAGGCCCGCCAGGCACUGGCAAGAGCUACACCGGUGUCGCUAUCAUCAAGACCUUGCUGGAAAAUCGUAAUAAAGCUAAGCUUGGGCCAAUAAUAUGUGUAUGUUACACGAAUCACGCUCUCGACCAACUUCUCGAGGAACUGGUCAAGGGUGGUGUGGAGCAGCUUAUUCGUUUGGGAUCGAGAUCGAAAUCAGAGCUCCUCCAGGACUUGAACCUCCACCAUAUAUCAAAGGAAGUCAGGCCCACAAAGGUCGAAGGUCAUGAGAUAUAUGAACUUUAUGAAAAGUUAGACAUCGCUCUUGCCGGAAUCGAGGGGCUCAUGCCAGGCCUUAUGGAUUCAACCCGCUGGAGCAAUGUUAAGGAAUAUCUCGAAGAACACCACAAUAGUCAUUAUGAACAACUUUUCGGGCGAGGAGUUGACGAGCAUGGAUUCCAGGAGGUCCGCGGUAAGAAGUUCAAUAUUUUGCAUAGCUGGAUCAAAGGAGCACCCCAGCGCAUUGCUUCGAGUCGCCCAGUUCCGGAGCUUCUCGGCGUCAAUUUGAAGGAGAUGUCUGGCUCCGAGCGAUUAGCUUUGCACAGAUACUGGGUCCAACAACGCACUCGAGAACUCACCCGCCGUUUCCUACACGUUCUCAAUUCAUAUCAUCAAAUCAGAGACUCGCUUCAAAAGUGCCACCAGGAGCGAGAUCUGCGUUGCCUAUUUGGCGCGCAUGUCAUUGGAGUUACAACCGCUGGCAUGGCACGAAACUUAGAUCUUCUCCGCCGAGUGCGAGCAAAGGUGGUGGUGUUCGAGGAAGCGGGUGAGGUGUUGGAAGCACAUACGCUCACCGCACUCCUGCCUUCGGUCGAGCACGUCAUUCUGAUUGGGGAUCACGAGCAGCUAAGGCCCCAAAUCAACAAAUACGAGUUCCAACACGACAAUCCGAGGGGUGCAAAGUUCUCUUUGGAUAUCUCGCUUUUCGAAAGACUCGUCCAUCCUCAAUCUGGACAUGGGAAGCUUCCUUGCAGUUCGCUGGAGGUUCAGCGUCGGAUGCACCCAUCGAUCGCCGAGCUGGUUAGAUCCACGCUCUAUCCCAAGUUGCAAGAUUACCCCUCGGUAUCGACCUAUCCAGAAGUCGACGGAAUGCGGAAACGUCUCUUCUGGCUCGAUCAUAACGAGAAGGAGGAUUCUUCAUCCUCGAAUUUGGCGCAGUCAUUUUCCAAGUCUAAUGCCUGGGAGGUAGAAAUGACAGCCGCUCUGGUCUCCCAUCUCGUCCGCCAAGGCACCUACCGGAACGAAGAUAUCGCAGUUCUGACUCCUUAUUUGGGACAGUUGCAGAAGCUCAAACAGCGCCUAGGAUCCUCCUUCGCUAUCGUAGUUGGUGACCGAGAUCUCGAAGACUUAGAGACGAAGGGAUUGGAGGACGACAGCGGAGAAGAGACAGUUGCAAUUAAAGGUAAUAUCCGGAAGACGACGUUGUUGAACGCCUUGAGGAUCGCUAGUGUGGACAACUUCCAGGGAGAAGAAGCGAAAGUCAUCGUCAUCUCAUUGGUCCGCAGUAACGACGAGAGGAAGUGUGGAUUCCUCAAAACGUCGAAUCGCAUCAAUGUCUUGCUAAGUCGCGCCCGCCACGGAAUGUAUAUCAUCGGCAACACACAUACCGCACGUCCUGCCCCCAUGUGGGAUAAGGUUAUCACAAUCCUCGAGAAGGACGGAAACAUAGGCCAGACUCUAGCGCUAUGUUGCCCCCGACACAAGGAGACGCCAAUCGAGGUGUCGAACCCUGACGACUUCUCUAUCUUCUCGCCCGAGGUUGCGGACAUGCCUGCAUCAACAAAUGCCAUUCCGAGCCGCUACAUAAUGCCGUUCGGUGUCUGGAACGCUGCCAAAGGAUCAAAAAAGGCUGUGACCACGCCUGUCGUUAUUUUUGCGGAGACCCUUAUUAUCCAUGCAGUGCUACAUGCGGCGCUGCUCUCGGGUGUGGCCACGACUGUAAACAAAAUUGCAGAGACUGCAACACACGAAGUGAAGAUGGCCGUAUCUCGGGCAUCAGUCACGGUAUCUGCAAGGCUCCAUGUGGUAGACCGUACACCACUUGCAGCCAUGCGUGUUCCGAGGCUUGUCAUGGGGAUAAGCCGUGUCGGCUCUGCUUGGAGCCGUGCGAAGUUCGGUGUAGCCAUUCACGGUGCAAAGUGCGCCGAUGAGUCGGUCAAGGACAUGAUGGUUGAUUACAUCAUGGGAUCCACCUACACCGAGACUGAUUUAGACGAAAACCCAUGCAUCAUACCGUCUUGUGGUCACAUUCUCACCCUGGAAAGCAUGGAUGGCCACAUGGAGAUUUCAAAGUACUACACCAUCUCUGGUGACACCGAUGCUGAGGACUCAAUCGUCGCAUUGAAGUCGAGCUCGGUUCCAUUCUCAACCUCAGAGCUGAAAAAUUGCCCCAUGUGCCGUAGCCCUCUUCGCAAUAUCAAUAGAUAUGGCCGCAUAGUUCGACGAGCGUGGAUCGACGAGGCGACUAAGAAAUUCAUUGUUUGGGCAAACGCGCAGUUUGUUCCCUUAGCCUCCAGAAUGGAGCAGGCAGAGGCCAAACUCCGAGAGCCCUUCACCGACAGGAAAAACCCCAAAGCUCCGCUGCUUGGACAGGCGCAGCUAUCUUUAGCGCUUGACAGGCUUUCCCUCGAACCCAUUCGACUUAUCGGAUCUCGUGACGAACAGAUAAAGGUCGUUGUCAAGACCUUCAAAUUAGAUGCUAGAUACAAGGAUAUCUCCUUGCUCCGCAUUGACAUCAGAAGAUUUCUUAAGGAAGUCGACGAAGCAGAGCAACCCAUCAGCCGCAUCCACAGUCUCAUACAAGACGCCCGCAAACAUCGUGGAGUCAACACCGAAAUCACUGACGUACCCUCCGUACUUCAAGUCCGCAAUCGCCUCCUGGCAACAGUGCUACUCCUCCGCUGCGAUUACGCCAUACUCUCCGAUUUUGUCAGUCACGUGAGCGGAACGGCUUCAGGGGAGAACCCCGGAGACGUUCGUCUCAGCCUUGCCGUCAAUCGAAACGACUGCGAGAGCCUGAUACAGGAAUCCCGAUCCCGGCAACAACCCACACACGAAGUCGAAGGCAUCCUAUACUGGGCCCGCUUCGUCGCUUUGGAGCGCGGCCACUCAGCCAGCGUCUCCGAUGCAGACAUGACCACCCUGGUCAAUCGUGCCCACGACCAACUCCACUUCGCACGCAUUAUUUGCGACACUUACCCCGGUCAAACAGCCGGCAUGCCAGCGGAAGUGUCCGGAGCAGAGAAAAUGCUUCGUGACGCGACGUUCUACGAGCCCGUGACGAAUGUGGAGAAGGCAGCCGUGUACGCGGCAAUGGCGCAGAGCUUUCAAGGCACGGGACACUGGUAUUACUGCGCCAAUGGUCAUCCUUUCACAGUGGGCGAGUGCGGCAUGCCGAUGCAGACGGCUAGGUGUCCGCAGUGUGGGGCUACUGUGGGUGGGACGGAUCAUCGGGCUGCGGCGGGGGUGACGCGGGCAAUGGAUCUGGAAGCGGAGUUUGGGAGGUGA